UCUGUCUUACCCUUUAAAGCAACUUUUGGAAGGGCUUAAGACGGGAACAGCUGUAAACUUCUUCUACGGUAUAAACUGAUAUUCUAUUCUACUUUACUCUUUCAAAUAGUUUUGUUCUGUAGCAGAAGUUAAUGGCUUUUUGGGGAAUUGAAUUAGUGCCAGAAAAACCUUACACCCUUGUCUAUGAUAAAUCCCGAGGAAGAUUACGUAUUUCUAAGACAACAUUAGGUAUUGAUGAUCAUUUAGAAGAGAGGAGUGUUGUUAAAUGUAAAGUAGGAGAUAAAUACCCAAUACUUUUGUGCUCGCUGCGGCCUCGUGUUAAAGAAUCAUGUUCGAUUGAUGUUGAAUUUAUUGAGAAUGAGGAUGUUGUUUUUGAAGUUAUUGGUCCUGCCACGAGCAGUGUGCAUCUUGCUGGUUUUUAUCUUGCCAAUAGUCAUAAUGGGGACAAUGGAGAAAGUGAUCAUUGUGAGUUAAACAAUAUGAAAAAGGCUGUAGACAACGGGGUUGAAGUAAAUGGACGUGUACGAAAAUUCUCUAAUGGUUUGGUUAUUGAAGACUUGGUAAUGAAUCCAGAACAUGUCAGCAUACUGGCUACUCCUGGAUCUACGGUGUUGAUAUCUUAUGUUGGAAUGUUGAAGUCCAACGGCUUAGUUUUUGAUUCAAGUUUCUCCAAACCGCCCCUUUUGUUCAAAUUAGGGGCAGGAGAAGUUAUCAAGGGUUGGGAUAUUGGGAUAAAUGGUAUGCGCAUUGGGAACAAAAGAAGGCUCACAAUUCCACCAUCUUUGGCGUAUGGGUCUAAAGGACGUGAAAAUGUACCACCAGACUUGGAGGUUGUAUUUGAGAUUGAGAUGCUUAAAAUUCUACGUUAAUGCUAGAUUGGUUUAUGGCCUACUGUUUACUGUGUAAGUAAUAUAACUAUUACGGAAGUUAUUUUGGUUAGCUGUGUCCUGGCCCCUGGGCUUGAAUUUGAAGAAGCAACAUUGUUAAUACUUGUUUGCAAAUAACAGCUUGUGCAAUCUUUGCUGCAGUUUGAUAGAAACCGUAUUUAGUUUUGCGAACUCUGCCUCUUAUGAUCGUAAAAGGUUAUACUAACUAUGUUCGGCUAUGGAA